AUGUUUCCCUGCUUAAAGCUCAGACUUCUCGAAGAAAGAUUACAGUGCAUUUCUGAUUUUCAGAAACCUAAAAUAUUAUUGGAACAGUAUGUUACACCUUCUCAUCUGGGUUCUCACAUGUUAUACACAAUUCAGUCGCAAUACGGCGAUAUUUCUGGUAAAUUAGUGGCCGAUCUCGGCAGCGGUUGCGGAGCCCUAACUAUCGGAGCAGCUGUUUUGGACGCUUCCCUCGUUGUGGGAUUCGAAAUCGACGAAGAUGCGAUAAAAAUUUGCCAAGAAAACGUUAUUGAACACGAAAUUAGCAAUAUAGAUUUAGUACAGUGUGAUGUAUUAAAAUAUGCACCAUCGAGGUUUAAUGAUUGUUUCGAUACGGUUUUGAUGAAUCCUCCAUUUGGAACGAAACAUAAUGCUGGUGUUGAUAUGAAAUUUUUGGAAAUUGCCUUGAAUUUAUCUCAUAACUCGGUUUAUUCGUUACAUAAAACAUCCACGAGAAAAUUUAUUUUAAAACGAGCCGAAUCUUUAGGCGUCAAAGCGGAAGUCCUAGCAGAGUUGGUGUACGAUUUACCCACCACUUACAAAUUCCACAAAAAGAAAUCCGUCGAUAUCGAAGUUGAUUUCUACAGAUUCACCAAACAAUAA